CGUGGAGCCUCUGGCUGCUCACAUCAGCCCGACAGCCGCUGGAGGAAGUUGUGAUGCGCGCAUGCCGCAACUUUCUGCGCGACUUCGACUCUUUGGAUUUUGGCGUCUCCUCCGGCCAGCCUUCUGGGAAGCUCUGUCACUCCGCCCUCAGUCCGCUCUCACCAUGGACGAGGACAGCAGCGUCCUGCCCGAACUCAAGGAUUUAGAGACAAAGUUGGGUCGCAAAGUUCCGGACAGUCUCGUGCGGUCUCUCGCCGGCGGAAAACCCGGAGACAAGCACGAGAAGUCCGCGUCGGCGCAUUCGGCCAGCCGCAAGUUCUGGGCUGAUUCUGCGGAUCUGGAGAGACUGGAGGGCAAAAUGCUGUUCCUCAAACAAGAAAUGGCAAACCUGCGAGCCAUCGACGUGAAGCUGAUGCAGCAGCUUAUGUCGAUCAACGAGGGCAUCGAGUCCAUCCGUUGGAUGAUUGAGGACAAAGGAGGUGUUGCCAGCCAAGAUGGCAGCCUGACGGGCAGCUUGUACAGCCUGUCGGACAGCCAGGACGGCGCCUCGCUGAGAGGCAGCUUCAACAGCUUGAACGACGGCAACAGCGACGGCCUGGACGGUCUGUCUGUGGGGAGCUACCUGGACACGCUAGCGGAAGACCUCCCGGAUCACCCCUCGCCCACGGACCUCGAUUGUUUCGUGGAGAAAACUGUAAUCGACGGCGACGCCUUCAGCAAAUCCCCUCUGAAACUCAGGGUGGAGUCGGACGAAUACUACUGCUUCGGAUAGUGCUGAGCGUUACAGAGACUACUGAGACUCGUGUUUUGUGAAGACACAGUUUUAAAAACGUUCUUCUCACACAGCUGCCAGUUUGUUUGUUUUUUCCACACGCUUAAUUUUUUCUAGCAGCCGUCUCACCGACUCAUGUUACAUUUUUACCUUGAAACCACUUGACAAUUAAAUCUUAACAGUGAUGUCUUAAUGUCUUAUCAUGCAGAUUAAUUCCGUUACGAAGGUGCUCUACUGUGAUUCGAGGUGCCUAGUUUCAUCUUUCACACCCCGAAGCUUUAGAAGUAUUGAAGAAAGGCUGAACAAAAAGCAGCAGCAUCAGCCGUGCCGCGACAUUUUUCCCCUCCGUCUGUGGAAAACGGGGCUCGUGUUGGUUAAACCACAAUCAGCUGAUCUCAGCAGAGGAGUAGAUUAGGAUUUAGCAGCCAUUUGGAAAAUUGGACGUUUCUUGCUGAGAGGUUAAACUGUUUCAAAGCCUUUAGUUUGAGUGUUACAGCAAGUGCAAUUUGAAUCCACGCCAAAUUCUGAGCACCACCUACUGCACAUGUGAAACUUUUAAUUAUUUUUUACUGAUGGGAGUUUCUGAGCUCCUCUCAGCGGCGGCAGAAGUUGUCGUCUCGCACACCAGAGAUUAGUUGCACAGACGCUUGACUGAAAACCAAAGUAAUGUUGAUUGUCUUAUAGAUCAUUUGAGCUGGAGGCAAAACCGCGUCGACGCCAGAUGGGAGAGUAAUGGAUGGCGGACGUAUGCGAAACACAUGUUUGCUUUGUCGGCACAUUUUAAUUCUCUGCUGUUAAAAAAAGAAAAAACAGGUUUAACAAGAGCUAUACGUUGCUGUACAUAAAUGUGUUAUCUUAGCUUUAAACUCCUUAUGUCGGUUUGUUUGACAUGUGUAUUUUACGACGCCCGCUUUUGGAAGAAAAAGCUGUUUUUGUUUUUUUUUUACUGUUUGCUUUGUUGUGGAAAUGAAAUAAUAUAUUGUGAUUUCUUUUUGCUCACAUCGUGUGAAGUUCUUAAUGCAGUCGGAGCUGCUGGGCGCUCAUCCAAUUCUUAGAAACAAACCUCAUUAUGGCGUCCUAAUGAGAUGGAAAGUGCACAUUAUGGCGCUUUCCUUUUUUAGUAAAUUUGAGUUAAGGACGAUUUAUUAAUAAUGAAGUCAGACUUUGGGCUGCUGUGUGUAAUGUGCCGUGGAAAAUUACCCAUGUUAUUUCCUUCUGUCGCGUACCUUUGUCAAAACACUGGGAGAUGGUUCUAAAUUUGGCAAAUGGCUGCUCGUUUGUGCCUUUUAAGACUCCCCAGCUAUUAAAAGAGGGGAUAAUAUUUAUGGUGGCGUAACGAGCAUUAUCACAGAUGAUGAAUCGUGUUACCAGAAGGCCGUGAGUGGAACGCUUGGACCGCUCCGUUUGGAAACAACCAACUCAAACUAAAACGAGACGGAGCUUAAUUUGAAAUGCCAACCAUGCAAAAUAUUUGAAGGUCUGUUGUGUUAUUCUCAUUUGUAAUGCAGCUCGCCAGCUUCUUAUCUUUCAUGUGAUAAUUGAAGUUCCAGACGGAGUAUACAGGGAAAGUCAUUAUAGGAAAGAUGAGAACCUUGGUCUCUUUGGCUUGCAAAUGAAUGAGUGGCCACAGGCCACAGUGCUCCAGUAGUUCUUAUACUGGGAUCUGACAUCAGGACUUGGCUUUUGGAAACAGGGCCUUGUUGGAUUAGUCUUCAAUUAUUCACUUUGUCCACAGACCUGCCUCGUGUUUGGGCCUGAUCUUGUUUAGCAUGGUGAAGGAUUGUUGUGGGUGUCUUCCAGCCUUCUUACAUAAUGUGAAACGGCACGACUGGGCACAAAAGCACACUUUUAGUGUUACAGUAGGUCCAGACAGAUAUAAUCACUUUAUCCAGGCACAUUAAGCAUGCUUGUAACUUUGUCUCACUCCAAGUGCAAAGCGGCUUUAUUUGGUUUUAUGCUGCCUUCCCUUAUCUCUGGCUCCCAGAGGCUUUGGCAAGCUUAAACCCCCCCCCGUCAAGCUGAACCAGGCUGAGGCCACUAAACUGAAGGGAUCUUUGAAUGGCAGCACGACCUUUUCUUGUCAACGUUUCAAUUAAAACCGAAAAAGAAAAACCGUUCUCCCAACUCGCCCAAUUUUAACCUAACAAAUGUAACCGUGUAAUGGAUGAAUGAUAGCUAAUGUGGCUCAGGGGGAAAUGUUGAGACUAGAGCUAGUGGCCUUGAAAUAAUUGGACCUACAGAACAGGUUCUGUGAGUUUGUGUUGUAAUAGCUCCGAGUUAAAAUUCCUGAGUCCUGCAUGGUACACUACACAUGAACAGGAGUUGCCUUUUGGGCCUUCCCCUGCCCUUAUAAGUGUACAUUUCCGACAUGAAAGGCAGAUUCAGACAAGUGCUGUCUUUCACUAAAGCAUCCAGUCGUGUUGGAGGAAACACACGGAUUGCUGUGCUCAAGCAUUACAGUAUAAUUGUCCCUUUUAGGAAGUAGGAGAGCGGUCCUGCUGUCAUUGCAGUGAAGUAAAGUUACUGCAAGUUUGUCAAAUCAACCUCACAGCAAUUAUAGUCGCCGCAUUGUGGAGGUGAAUGACAUCCAGGCUGUGCAGAAAGCAAACAAAAGGAAGAAAUCAGCCGCCGUCCCCUGAGUUCGGGGGCAGAGUACAAAACAAUGAUUUAUUCAUUCCCUUAGUUAGUCCUCAGUUACUUCACUUGAGCACAAAUAAUUACACCGUCGUACAGUCGAGACGGCAGCUUCCAGCAGGGAUCCAUUAGCAAAUUAGACACUGGGGUUGGACCUGCGCCACAAGAUGAAGGGAAACCAAUACCGUCUGGUAUCUGGGAAACUGUCACCAUGCUAGCAAAUGAGGAUACGGGAUAUGGGUUACUGGAGUGGGGUUUAGGGGGAGAUCAAAAGAGCCGGAGACAAAAGUGGACCCCUCAGACAGGAAGCCUCGCAUUCAGAGUAAACAUACGUCAAGUUACUUUAUUCUCGUUUAAUUAGCUUCUCUCUCUCUGCGGUUUGUUUCACAGUUUUCUGCAGCUUUAAAUAGACGUCCAUAAACAUCCCUGUUACAGUAAAGAGUGUGAUGGAUGUGUGAUGGAUACAUGAAGCUGUUACAUUCCCAGGCAGAGGGACCUCCAUGUUUGAGGGUUAGAAGUCGUGGAAAACUUAACAAGGCCCGUCUCAUGGCGCAAAUAUCUCGUUUUCGUCUGCUUAAUGAACGUCAAAUUUAGCCCUUAUGUUGCCCUUCGCGUGGGAUUUUCCGACGAUAGCGUUCGGCGUCGGACCAACACUUGAUCCUCGUUAGGUCGCCGUGCAAGCAGGAAGCCGACUCGCUUAUUCGUCAGGAAAACAUCAGUUUUCGUUAGAUAAUGCCUCCGAGUGGCUCCGCUGGCCUUCUGCCAAGCCGUGGCUCAGCGAGUCACUUUUUAAAAAGGCCUCGUGAAACUUUCGCUGCCCCCGCAAAGACACUGCUUUCUGUCAGUGCAAAUAUUAACAAUGGCCGUCUCCACUCGCUUCAAUCGCUCGGCCGAGAUUUGGACGAACACCCUUCGGAAGCUUCUGUAAACAUCGCACAGAAAAGCAUCGGAGAAAGCCAAAUACGGCGAGCAGACAGCUUGAGAAGUUAUUGCCCUCCAGGCUGCUCGGGCUGCAUUCCGCCCAUAACUCGGGCAGAUUUUUUAAUCACCAUAAACACCAGGAGUGGCUGAUUAUUUAUCUGAUGUACUUACAGCCAGGAAGGCUACUAAACAAGCUGUGAGAGCGAUUCUGGAACGUUUUCCUCUGAAUCCCACAGGAUGGAGCAAAAUUACACAUGAGUCACGACGGUCAUUAGUGUUUACUGGCCCACUGGACUUUGGUUUGUUUAAGUUUCUGCUCCACACUUUGACUUUUAGCCCAUGAAAGCUGCCUCACACUACGGGAUACUUCACAGUAUUUGUUGUGACGACACUGGAAACAUCAUUCGCUUCAUGUUGUGGUUUGAUCAUAAAUGGAAAGUAUAACAACUAAAAAGGGGUAUUCAGGAAGGAUAUCCACACAAUAAAUAAUGUUUGGGCUCGACACAAACCUUAACUCAACAGCUUACAUCAGUCUUUUAGAGUUACGAGAGCUUUUAAUGAAAUUAGGUUCAACCAACAAACGAUAUUGAGUCAGGGCUAUUAGACUUUCCUCUACAAUCAAAUGUAUUUUUGAUUACCAAUAUCUUAACUGUCUGAAAUUGUUCAGGCAUGUUAAGAUAUUGAAGGGGAUUUGAAGCCAGUUUCAUCAAGUCACUUCAACUUAAAUUUAGUUUUAAAUCAACCGAUGCGAAAAUUUGAGUUGAAACUACACAAAAUAUUAAGUUGAUGCAAUUACCGACAUCAUUAUGUCCACACUGAUAAUCAAAAUAUAGUUUGCAGCUUAAAUAGUUGAUCUUAAUCAGUAAAUUUGAUUUUGUUUUUUUUUUUCAAUCUUGAGAAUAGAUUCCUUGAAUUAUUUUUUACAGUAAGUUGGUUUCCAGCUGUUUGCAACUUUAACCUUAAAUAAAACCUGAUUUUAACAUGUUUAAUGGAGAAUUACAAAUUGCUAAACAUUAACCAGAACAAACUAUUACGUAGUUCUCACGAACCAUUUCACAAUUUCACAUUGUUGUCUGCCAACUGAACCAACAGACAAAACCAGCCUGUUAGCAUGCUGUAUGCUAAGCUACUUGUGUGUACGGUAAAGUACGUGAGACCAGACACUGGAAAAUACUGUUUAUGUUGGUGUAAAUUGUGAGGUUUUUUAAUGAAAUUUCAAUUUAACGACACAGUGGACCUCAAAAUAACCAACCAGCUAGCUAGCAACGUUAGCCUGGAUUAGCAAAUAGCAUUGGCUACGUUAUCAAAUAUUUCCGAAUCAUUCUAACACUGCUGAUUCUGUAUUUCUUAAUAUGUGUGCAUACAUUGAAAAGACAUGCAUGCUGAUAUUGUUUAAGUCCCUCUUGUGCCACCAAAACAGCUCUGGACAUGAAACCUUUUGAGGUGUCUUGACCCACAUUGGCGGAGACCCACUUUGGGUCCUGUAGAGACUCGACUGAUCAGUCUGGCACAUCCAAUACCUGCUCGAUCAGAUUGUGAGCUUGGGAAUUUAGGGAUCAAUGCUUUGGGCUCUUGGUUGUGUUGCUCGAUCAGUGUCGAGGUGUGUUGUCCCGCUUCUUGGUCCGCAGUAAUAUUUACGUGGGCGUCAAAGUAUCGCCCACGUGAAUACCAGAAACUGAGAUUUCCCAGCAGAGCGUUGCGUUGUACUGAAAUGAUUCAUGUCGUUCACUCAUCUGUUAGUCAUUUUGAUAUUGUGGCUGAUCGGUAUCCAAGUAAAAUAAAAAUACACCUAUAUUUGCCAAAGGAA